AUGUCUGACGAGGAAACUGAACAAGUCGAGGAACAAUACGAAGAAGAAGAGGAAGCCCAGGAAGAAGAAGUCCAGGAGGAAGCCCCUGAACCAGAGGAAGUCCAAGAAGAUGCUGUCGCCGAGGAGGAGCAGGAGGAGGACGAGGAAGAGGAGAAACCAAGACCCAAACUCACUGCUCCUAAGAUCCCAGAAGGGGAGAAAGUAGACUUCGAUGAUAUCCAGAAAAAGCGUCAGAACAAGGACCUCAUGGAGCUCCAGGCCCUCAUUGACAGCCAUUUUGAAGCUAGGAAGAAAGAGGAAGAGGAGCUGAUUGCACUCAAGGAGAGGAUUGAGAAGCGUCGUGCAGAGAGGGCUGAGCAGCAGAGGAUCCGCGCUGAGAAGGAGCGGGAACGCCAGAACAGACUGGCGGAGGAGAAGGCCAGAAGAGAGGAGGAAGAUGCUAAGAGGAGAGCCGAGGAUGACAUGAAGAAGAAGAAGGCUCUGUCCUCCAUGGGUGCCAACUACAGCAGCUACCUGGCCAAGGCUGACCAGAAGAGAGGCAAGAAGCAGACAGCCAGGGAGAUGAAGAAGAAGAUUCUUGCAGAGAGACGCAAGCCUCUGAACAUCGACCAUCUCAGUGAUGACAAGCUGAGGGACAAGGCCAAGGAACUCUGGGAUACACUGUACCAACUGGAGACUGACAAAUUUGAGUUUGGGGAGAAGCUAAAACGCCAGAAAUACGAUAUCAUGACUGUCCGGGCCAGAGUGGAGAUGCUGGCCAAGUUCAGCAAGAAGGCUGGUGCUACAGCCAAGGGCAAAGUCGGCGGGCGCUGGAAGUAA